AUCGCGAUGUGCUUCUUCAGUAUAAUACUGAUAAUAUUUGACUAUCACCGCCUUUGAAUCAAUUAAGAAAACGUCCAAAAUGUGCUCAAGUGUUGUGAAAUGGUUGCUGCUCUUCUGUGGUAUUCUAUCAGUAUCAAGCAUGCCAGAUGUGUGGGUCGAUCUUCGUGCGCCACGCUUCGUUGUGCACGGGCAUAGCGCAGUGCUGCGCUGCGAGCAUAAUGUGGAUCCAGGAACCAUUUACAAGGUUGUCUUCUUCAAGAACAGCCAGAGAAUUAUGCAGUACGUCCGGGGGAGGGACCCGCCGUACGAGUUUUAUAAUUUCACUGGAGCGGACAUUAACUUGAUAAAAGUGACGCCCACCUCCAUAACCAUGGACCGAAUGGAUUUCAGCGCAGCUGGAACGUACGCGUGUGAAAUUGCUAUGGAAAUACCGUUAUAUUCGAAGCCUUCGAAAAUACACGAAUUGAACGUAAUAGUUCGCCAGAAACACCGUCCAAGAAUAAAGAUAAAGCAUCAGAAGUUGUCACCGAAUGGAGACUUAGAAGCUACGUGUCACAGCGCACCGGCUUUCCCCGCACCAUAUCUCACAUGGCUAAUCAAUAACGAAAAGGUGGACGAAAGGUUGACGAUCCCGCACGGCACUGUAAAUGUGCACCGUCAUCAUCAUGGAAUGCCGCUGUCACUCACGAAUUCGUCCCUCCGUUUUCCCCUAUCAAGCUUGCAACUGUUCCCGAACCAAACCGUGGACAUAACUUGUCUCAGUACUAUCCCCAGCUAUCCAACUGUUGGGGAGGGUUACGCUGAUGUCCAGAAUCAAACGAUUACUGUAAAUGUAGUUCGCCUGGAGCCAACACCGCCUCAACUCCCAGUCAAAAUAAUGAGUUCGUCGUUAAAUAAAUCCGAACGCUCUAAAAUACAUUAUUCCCUAAUUGUCCUAAUUAUUAUAGGAUAUGGUGUCUAUUUAAAAAUGUUUUAAUGUAACUACUAUCUAAAAUUGUUGUAGCAUAAAUAAAAAGUGUAUACUGA